AUGACCGAAGAGGCGGGCUCGGCCCGCUCGAAUCUGUCCGGCUUUCUUACGGGCGAGUUUCUGCGCGAGCAUGGCGAAGAAACGCCGCUCCUCACAGGCGACGCAGCCUUUCAGCCCCACAUCUCCAGCAUGGGCAACGCAUCGGGCUACGGCGCCGUGCGACCGGCGCCAUCGGUGCCGGUGGAUGCGUCGCCGCACGUGUGGCCCGAAAUGUGCACGCUCGCCAAGUUCACCGUGCCUAUCUGCGCGACGCACCUGCUCGAGCUGAGCCUCUCGGUCGUCUCGGUCCUGAGUCUCGGGCACCUGGGCACCGUCGAGCUGGCCUCGGCGUCCCUCGCCGGCAUCACGGCCAACGUGACAGGCUUCAGCGUCAUUAGCGGACUCGUUUCCGCGCUGGAUACCCUGCUGCCCGCCUCGUAUACCCGCCAGCCCCACCUCAUGGGUCUCUGGACACAGCGCGUCGGCCUCAUGGUGUUCGCCGUGCUGCCGCUCAUCUUUGUCCUGUGGCUCAAUGCCGAGCGAGGCCUCAUCCUGCUCGGCCAGGACCCUGAUAUUGCGUACAAUGCUCGACAGUUUCUCAUGGUGCUCUCGUUCGGCUUGCCCGGCGUCGCCAUCUUCGAGCUCUGCCGCCGCUUCCUCCAGGCCCAGGGCAUGAUGCAUGCGCCCACGGUCGUGCUCAUCAUCGUGUCGCCUCUCAACGCCAUCGCCAACUUCUUUCUCGUGUGGGGCCCCGAGCGGUACCGCAUCGGCUUCCUGGGCGCACCGAUGGCCAGUGCCCUAUCCAUGUGGCUCAUGGCUGGGCUUUGCGCCGUGCAGUGCGCCGUGGCGUGCCGCGAUACUUGGGGCGGCUUCUCACGCGACGUGUGGGAUCCUGCAGCGCUGCGCACCUGCGUCUCCCUCGGCUUCGCGGGCCUGAUCAGCCUGGCCUCUGAAUGGUGGGCCUGGGAAAUUGUCGGGCUCGUCACCGCCGCGCUCGGCACACGCGCCCUGGCCUCGCAGUCGGUCCUGCUCGUGCUCUCCUCGGUCACGUAUCAAAUUCCGUUCGCUGCCGCCGUCGCGGCGUCGGUGCGCGUCGGCAACCUGCUCGGCGCCAUGCAUGCCUCGUCGGCUCGCACCGCGAGCUAUGCCGCCGUGGUGCUCUCGAUCGUGGUCGGCGUUUUCAACUCCUCCGUCGUCUUCGGCACACGCAACUACCUCGGCUACCUGUUCAGCAGCGACAAGGACGUCGUGCGCAUGGUCGCCUCCGUCCUGCCGAUCAUGGCGCUCUUUCAGUGCGCCGACUGCGUCAGCGGUAUUGUCGGCGGCAUUUUACGCGGCUGUGGCCGCCAAUCGCUCAGUGCCAUGAUCAAUGUCACUGCUUACUAUGUCAUCGGCCUUCCUGUGAGCUUGCUGCUCGCUUUCGGACCGUGGCAUCUCGGCCUCGCCGGCCUUUGGUGGGGCCUCACAACGGCCCUGGCGUACAGCACCGUGUUGUCGUUGUGGUAUGUGUACAAUAUGGACUGGGACUCGGUCAUGCAAAAGGUGCACCGCACCAUGCGCGCGAGUGUCAUGUAG